CGCUGCCAAAAUCCACCUUGAUGAGCUGCCCAAAUUCGACGAUUUGCAUCACCCAGUUAACACCCUACCGCUCCUUUAUCGCAGAAGCUAGGGGACAUCGAUCUCAAACGCGUGUAUUAUUAAUUUUUAAUUGAAUUUGGGUUCUACCAAUUGAUCUUGCCCGCUGCGAGCGCAAACUUAGUGCUUCCGGCCAGAGCGCUAUCGCAUGCCGCGACGCGACCCGACGAAACACACCCCACCACCACCAUGUCCUCCCACGACGUCCGCGAUGUUUUGAACCUCCCCUCCAACAACAACUCGGCCGCACCCCGUGCAUUAAAAAAACAGAAAAUCGGCGGACCCCGACCAAACUUGAAGGGACUCGCACGCGAAGUGCAAAACCUUGGCGGCGACAACCCGAUCGCUAUCGUCCCCGAGGUAUCCUUCUUCAAGAAACGGCGAUUUGCGAGUCGCAAACCGGCUACGCGAUGGGAAUUGAAGUCGUUCACAAACUCAGCACGGGACGACGAUGGCAACCUUGUGCUCCGGCACUGGAAACGGAAGACGGAGCAUGGCCCGCCGCCGCCACCCGUGCAGGAAGGGGAAUCGGAACAAAGUGAGGGCAUGGUAGUGGACGGGGAGAGGCAGGACGACAAACCCGAGGAUUCUUCGUUCGCCAAGUUCAACGUGCGGGUUCCAGUGCCGCAGUACAACGAGGACCAAUACCGAGUGAACCUCCAGAGCAGCGAGUGGACGAAGGAGGAAACCGACUACUUGUUAGAACAGGCCAAGGAAUACGACUUGCGUUGGGCCAUCAUUUGGGACCGGUAUGAGUUCGCACCUGAACCUCCUCAGGGGGAGGAAUCCACCGGAGCGAGCACAGCCGUGGUGUCGGCGCAAAAAUCACGAACGAUGGAAGACCUGAAGGCACGGUACUACGAGGUUGCGGCGAAGAUGAUGGCGGUACAGAAGCCAGCACAGUACAUGACGCGGCCCGAGUUCGAGCUCUACGAGAUGAUGCAAAACUUCAACGCCGAACAGGAACGGAAACGGAAGGAGUUCGCCCUCAACACGAUGGCACGCUCUAAGGACGAGGCCCGCGAAGAGGAGUCUCUCCUCCUCGAGAUCAAACGCAUCCUCGCGCGCACGGAGCGCUUCAACGAGGAGCGCCGCGAGCUAUACCAGCGCCUCGACUACCCGGCCACGGACUCGGACAUCAACUCCUUCAAGAGCUCCGCCGGCCUACAAGCCCUCCUUCAAAACCUCAUGUCCACCGACAAAUCCAAGAAACGCAAGAGCAUCCUCGGCCCCAACGACACCGCCAGCCCGGGCGGCGCCGUCCCAAACAGCGCCGUCUCCGAAGGGCCCGGGCACAACCGGCGCGAGAGCAUCGCGGCCGCCGCCUCCAGCCGUCGCGACUCGGACGCCCGCGGGGGCGGUGGCGCCGGCGCCGGCGCGCGCGUGUCCGCGGAGCCGACCCCGACGUCAGCCACCUCGGCGGGGGCAGCGGCGGGCAACAACAAGAAGAAGGGCGGGGCGGGGGCGGCGCAGCCGGAGCGGCGCAAGCUGACGGGCCACGAGGAGCAGGUGUACGGGGUGCUGUACCACGACCGGCUCGGCAGCGGGCCGACGUUCCGGUACGAGCGCAUCAACAAGCUCUACAGCCACAAGUCGGGCCAGCAGCAGCUGCGCAUGACCAACGCCCUCGCCGAGCUCGACGUGCCCCCGCGCCUCGUCAUGCCCACCGCCGCCGUCACCGCCCAGUUCGAGGUCCUCUGGGGCGCCGUCGCCGCCCUGGUCGACGCGCGCAAGCUGAGCGACAAGCUCGAGGGCGAGAUCAAGCUGGAGGAGGCGAAGCGCGUGGAGAGGGCGCGGGCGCGGGAGGUGCUGGGCUCGGAUGAGGGGGGAGCCGAUGGCGAGGCCGCCGACGAGCAGGAGCAGCAACAGCAACAGCAACAGCAGCAGUCUACGGGGGAGAAGACGGAUGGGAUUAAGGAGGAGCCCGGGUCGGAGAAGGACAAGGCUGCUGGCGCGAGGCCGGGCAGCAGUAGCGGGCCGCAGAAACGGAGUGCGAGCGUGCUUAGUGCGGCGAGUGAUAAGAGCGCGAAGCGGCAGAAGAAAUAGGCCGUGGCCUCUAUGGGCUGUGCGUAGUGGUGGUUUAUGAAUACAGUAGUAUACCGUGAGGCAGUAGUUUGUGCCGUUUCGAGUAUAACAUGCGACCUUGCCCU